CCAAACCAAUCCGACUUCCUCUCAGGAAUCGCUUCUCCUUCUCCGUCGCAGCAAUGGCGUCUCCAUCUAAAAAGGUUUUGGUUCCGAUUGCGAAUGGGACUGAGCCGAUGGAGGCAGUGAUUACGAUCGACGUCCUGCGGAGGGCGGGAGCGGAUGUCAUCGUGGCUUCCGUAGAGAGGCAGCUCCGCAUCGAUGCCGGUCACGGUGUCAAGAUUGUCGCCGAUGCUCUCGUCUCUGAUUGCCAAGAUACCGUCUUUGACCUCAUCGCACUGCCUGGAGGCAUGCCUGGUGCUACCAAUCUUAAAAAUUGUGGGGUGCUUGAAAGCAUUAUGAAAAAACAGGCUGCAGAUGGGCGUCUUUAUGCUGCUGUCUGUGCUUCACCUGCGGUGGCACUUGGGUCGUGGGGUCUGCUGAAGGGAUUAAAAGCUACUUGCUAUCCGUCGUUCAUGGAACAACUAGCAUCUUCAGCAACAGCUGUAGAAUCAAGAGUUCAGCUUGAUGGCAAUGUUGUGACGAGUCGUGGACCUGGCACUACCAUGGAGUUUGCUGUAGCACUAGUUGAGCAAUUGUACGGAAAAGAGAAAGCCAAUGAAGUCUCUGGACCACUGGUAAUGCGUUCAAACCAUGGUGAUGAAUAUACAAUCACUGAGCUGAAUCCCAUGGAAUGGAAAUUCUCCAAUGGUCCUCAGAUUCUUGUACCAAUUGCUGAUGGCUCAGAGGAAAUGGAAGCAGUUAUUACUAUUGAUAUUCUUCGGAGAGCAAAGGCCAAUGUUGUGGUGGCCUCUGUUGGAGACAAUCUGGAGAUUCUUGCUUCCCGGAAAGUUAAACUAGUGGCAGAUAUGCUCCUUGAUGAGGCUGCUAGACUCUCUUAUGACCUAAUAGUCCUGCCAGGUGGACUUGGUGGUGCCCAAGCAUUUGCUAAUUCAGAGAAGCUGGUGAAUCUGCUAAAGAAGCAAAUGGAGGCUAAACGGCCUUAUGGUGCAAUCUGUGCAUCACCAGCUUUAGUCUUGGAACCUAAUGGCUUACUCAAGGGCAAAAAAGCCACAGCUUUUCCUGCAAUGUGCAACAAGCUUUCGGAUCAGAGUUUCAUUGAGAACAGAGUUGUGGUUGAUGGUAAUCUCAUCACCAGCAGAGGUCCCGGAACUACAAUGGAGUUUGCUCUGGCCAUUGUGGAGAAGUUUUUUGGGCGUCAGAAAGCACUAGAGCUGGCAAAGGUAAUGCUUUUUGUACGCUAGUGGAGUUAACAUGAACAAGAGUGAGUAAUACUUUCUGUAUGGAUCAUGCUACAACCUAGAAGAACAUGUUUGAGAAUGGGAAUUCAUAUUUGAAUAUGAAUUCUCUUCGUGUUUAUGUACAAUGGCGUGUUUGAUAAAUAAAUGAGCUUUAGGACA